AUGGCCUUCUGUAUCACGUUCGGAACACACGAGUUCUCCUCUCAGCUCGAGGGCUAUGAGAAUGUUCGCGCGUACUGCUAUAACUGUCAACAUUGGAAUGGCCACUGCAUUACAAGAUGGCCUUUCUUCACCGUUUGCUUCAUUCCUUUGAUUCCCCUCUCUUUCCACAAGUACAAGGAGGUUGUUUGCCACACAUGCCGUGUCUCACAAGAUCUGGAGGACCGACCGGAUAUCACCCCUGACACGAGGCCUCCAGCUGGCAUGCAGUACGGUAUUCAACCUCCUCCGGGGGCCCAUUGGCAACAACAGCCUCUUCAGCAACCACCCCCUCAGGCCCAAGGGGGCUACGGUUACAAAUGA